AUGGGCUGGUUGUCGGUGAAGCAACUCUUCCAAAGGGAGCACUUCAAGACCUUGCUGAGCCUGCAGCUGCCGUCAGUUCCUGAACUCGAGCACGUUGAUAGACCGACAUAUGCGGUUAGAGAGGAACAACCGACCGAGUCGGAAGUUCUGGUCUGCAUCCAAAAGAUGAAAAAAGGAAAAUUUUACGGAGACGACGGAAUCAGAGCAGGAGUCCUGAAAUAUCUUCCCCCGUCUGGGAUCCAUGAGAUGGAUAUCCGCUCAGUAUGGAUAGAUGAAAGGAUAUUUGACUCGUGGAUACACGUUAUCAUAAUUCCCCUUCACAUGAAGUUAUCUGUCACGGACCCUAGGAAUUAUCGACGAAUCUCUUGGCCAAUCUACGACUGA